AACCAGGCAGUGCGAAUAAACAUUUUCAGCUCAGAGUUUGUCGAGCGGCGCAUCCAUGUCAGAUAUUGUGGAUAGCGAUGGGGACGAAUACGAUGAACUGUCGGAGCUGCGACAACGCCAUAAGCCAGAGUCUCAGCCCUCGGUGGAUGAGGCCUUCGAUCUCGACGACCUACUGCCCACCAUCGGAGAGUUUGGGAAAUACCAAAAGCUCUUGGUCUUUGGCAUUUGCCUGCCCGCCUGCAUUCCGUGCGGUUUCUGUGCCUUUAACCAGUUAUUUAUGGCUGAUACUCCGGAUGACUAUUGGUGUCGCAUCCCGGAGCUACUUGACCUGCCGCUGGAGCAGCGAAAAUCGCUGGCCAUACCCCAGGAAGUGGAUAAUGACGAACUGGUCUACAGCAAAUGUUAUACUUACGGUGUCAACUGGACGGAAAUACUUGACUCAAUGGAGGAGGAUGACUUGACCACCUUGGAAACGAACAGCAGUUGGCCAUUGGUCAAGUGCAGUCAGGGAUGGGAGUACAACACGAGCGUCGUCUGGUCUUCCAUUGUGAUCGAUUUUGAUUUAGUGUGCGAUCAGGAUAUAUAUCCAACUAUAGGGCUGGCUGCCCUCAACACUGGCGGUCCCGUGGGCGUUUAUCUCUUUGGAUUACUUAAUGAUCGUGCAGGACGGAGGCUUUCGUACUUCAUCUGCCUGGCGACUUUGCUGGCUGGAAGUUUGAUGACUUCACUGAGCAAGGAUUUCUGGACUUGGGCAGGCAGUCGAGUCAUUGUGGGAUUGACAAUUCCAGCUGUCUAUCAGAUACCAUUUAUAAUAUCUUUGGAGUUGGUAGGUGAGAACUAUCGAUCCUUUGUGACCGUGAUGACAUGUACUUUUUACACGUCGGGCAUCAUGCUACUGUCCGCUGUUACCUACCUGGAAAGGGAUUGGGUGCGUCUGUCCUAUAUCACCUCCCUGCCCUUUUACGCCUAUUUCCUGUACAUGUUCGUAAUGCCGGAAUCACCGCGAUGGCUUUUGAUGCGCGGCCGCCUGGAGGAAGCUCUCAAGAUUCUGGAGCGCAUGGCCAUGGUAAAUGGCAGACAGUUUCCGGAGGCUGUGCAUCUCAAGUUGGAGGCCCAAAUACGUCGGGAUAAACUAAAGAAGCAAAAGAAGAAGAUAGCCAAUGUGGGACUAAUGGAUCUGUGUCGUACACCCAAUAUGCGCUUGAAGACCAUACUGAUCACUCUAAGUUGGUUUGCCAAUGAGACGGUUUAUCUGGGUCUUAGUUACUACGGACCAUCGCUGGGCACCAAUCAGUAUGUGAGCUUCUUUUUGUCGGCCGUUGUGGAGUUGCCAAGUUACUUGUGCUGCUGGUACUUCAUGGAUACCUGGGGCAGAAGAUGGCCCUUAAGUUUGUCCAUGAUAUUGGGAGGAGUGGCUUGUGUGAUUACUGUUAUGCUGCCCGAUGAUGCCGUGGAUGAGACUCUUGUGCUGUACUUAAUAUCUAAGGCCUUGCUGUCCGCCUCCUUCCUUAUAAUUUAUCCCUUUGCCGGGGAACUAUAUCCCACUCAAGUUCGCGGCAUUGGCAUUGGUGCUUCUAGUUAUAUCGGAGGUCUGGGUCUCAUUGUCAUACCAUUUGUUACCUACUUGGGAAAAGACAAUCUUAAGCUGCCUUUGGUUAUUAUGGGCUUUGUUUCGAUGCUGGGCGGCAUGACAGGAUUGCGGUUGCCGGAGACACUGCAUCAUCGAUUGCCUCAGACCAUCGAGGAGGGCGAGGAGUUCGGCAAGAACUGGCAGUUCAAGGAUUGCUGCAGUUGCGCUCAAAAGCCGGAUGUCUUGUCCCAACCACCAUCGUACGAAAACCUAGAUGUCCUGGCUGGUUCCUCCAACAAUGCUUCUGAGGUGGAGCUGGAGCUAAGAGACAGUCGACGGGUUAGGGAGCCGGCUCCGAGGAUUGAUGAACGCACACCCCUGGACACCACGUCCAGUGGGAGUGGAAAUGUUCGACCUGUCCAUCGGCCUUCAAUGAAGCGGUUAGUGCGGCAAAUGAGCAUCAUGGACACCCAAAGGACAAAUGAUGGCACCAUGCAAUUGACACAUUGGAUCUAGCUUUUUGGACAGACGAUAUAUCGUCUGUAUAUAUACAUUUACAUAGCUUUAGACAUAAUCUUGUCGAAUUUAAAGACAAAGUUUGGAAUCACAUUUUCGAAUUAAUAUUGUUAAGUCUCUAAAUCAAUUUUUUUUUGUUUAAACAGUAGGUUACACAUUGUUUAAGAAGUAUCAAAAUAUAUUUUAUAGAAGAACAUAACGUUAAUAAGUUAAA